AUGGUGGACUAUACUAGUCGAUUCGAGGAGCUUUGUAGGUUCUCUAUGGUGUGUCAGGGUGCCCCGGAGACCUAUGAAAGCUGGAAAUGCAUCAAGUAUCAAAAGGGCUUGAAGGACAAUAUCAUGACUGUUGUGGCUCCUAUGGAGAUUCGGAUCUUCUCCGAUCUUGUGAACAAGGCGAGAGUUGUGGAGGAAUAUGCAAAGACAGUAGCUUCGUCAAAGGACACUCAUGGAGGAAACUCUACUAUGGGACGUGGCAAGUACUUUCAGCCGGGGGAAAAAAUUUCAAGAGAGGAGGACAUGCGCCUCAAGGAUAAGGAAGCUUUAGAAAGAACACUUAUGAUCAAUUUUAGCGUGGCAAAGGGAGAGCAAAUCAGAGUUGGUUUAGAUGGUUGCUUCAACUGUGGUUUGCCUGGUUAUAUUGCGAGGGAGUGCACUCGUGGGAAGAACCCGAAUGCGGGUCAGAGUCAGCACCAAGGGCGAGUAUUUGCUGUGAAUGCCAAGGAUGCGGCUAAGGCGGAUCCUCUGAUGAGAGGUAACUGUUUUAUUGGUGAUAAGACCUUGGUUGUAUUGUAUGAUACUAGAGCUUUGCAUUCAUUUAUUUUGUUUGCUAAAGUUGAGGAACGAGGCUUGAAAGUGUCAGAAUUAGCAUUUGAAUUACAUGUACAUACUCCGCAUCAGACGGUUAUGACUAGGUCAGGUUGUAGACAAUUGUCAAAGAAUCAGGUUUUGUUGGAUUUCUUUGAGCGGUCAAUUCAGUUUAUGCCGGAAGGAGAAAAUAGAGCAGUGAUAGCCGAGGGUUAUUACCUGAACUUUGUAAUGGUACACUAUAGUGGGGAAGAGUGUCAGGGUUAUAUCUUGUUGACUGCUAAUGCUUUGGGUGAUGCCCAGAACUUAUAUCAAAUCCCGAUAGUUAGAGACUUUUCGGAAGUGUUCUCGGAAGAUAUUCCUGAAUUCCCGCCUCAAAGAGAGAUUGAAUUUGCGAUUGAAUUGGUACCGGGAGCCGGACCAGUGUCGAUUGCGCCGUAUCGAAUGGCUCCAAUAGAGCUGGAUAAACUAAAGACUUAG